AUGACGUCACGCGCAGCCCCCGAACUCGCGCUGCAGCAGACCGCUGGGGCGACCACGGCGGGAGGAGCGGCGUCGCGGGGGUCAGCGGAUGCCGGCAAGCACAAGUACGUUUUUGUUGACGGCCCCGCGGACCCCGAAGUGGCGCUCAUUCGCUACGACAUCCCCUUUGCGCCGUCCGACCCCAAGCGGUCGUUUAAGCUGCGCCAGCGCCUCGGGAUCCCUCUCGACGAGCGCCGGGUCGACCCCAACGUGCGCAUCGUGAUUGACUCCUUCAUCACCCCGCGUGCGUGGCGCGAUGAGGCCGGGGUGCUGUGGGUGCAGCACGGCAGCCCGUACCCCGUGUCCCGCACGGACACCGUCGAGACCCACGAGAAACUUCGCCGUCGCAUGAAGAAGCUGGGGGUGCAGCGCUGCGCCGUCUCUCCCUUGCGUUCCCUGCUGCUGGCGGAGUGCUUCUUAGAGGUCAUUCGCCAGGUGACCGCGGAGUGCUGGGAGCGGGGACUGCUGCUGCUCAAAAUUCACGCCGAGCGCACAGCCGCCCAGACGGCGCACCGGGAGUUGUUUGAGUCUCGCGUCGGCCACGCCUUUCGCUUGGCGCUCAAGGGCGAGAAGGACACAAGUCGGGUGCAGCAGGACAUCGAAAACCUGAAGCGGCGAACGGAGGAGCUGGCUGAGGAAGAGAAAGUCUUGCGGCAGCAGUGCGACGAGCUCUCUGCUAAGGGCGAGGAGCAAAUGCUGAUUUUAGAGAAGCUGCACGCGGACGAAGUAGCGGCGAUCAAGAAGGAGGGAGUCCACAAACGCAACCAGCUGGAGCAUAUGAUUGCGUUGCCCCCGCCAAUCUAG